CGACACCGAGACUCUUCCUUUCCCUUCAUUUCUUACACAAACCAAUAAACGACAUCGUUGAUCCCACAACACAACACAACACAGACACAUAGACACACCUUUCCCCUUCUCAAUCUCCUUCUUCUUCUUCUUCCUCACGGUCACGCGCAGCAACUGCAACUUCAAAAUAGAGAAUUAGGGUUCGAUUAUUGGAUCUUUGCUGUUAUCAAUUUCGAUCUGUUUCAGCCAAAAGAUUCAAUCUUUAACGCAAACUCCACUCGGGGUUUCAACUUUCAAGUUUCAGUCUCUGAUGUGAUGUCUUCUUCAGCACCCCAUUACAGCUCCCUCCCUUCACCCUCAUCCUCCAACUCCACCGGCAAAUUCUUCGCGUCACGCGCGAAUGCAACCGCCUCGCAAUCCGUGUUCGCCACGCGCCGCCCAUGGGAGGAGGUUUUCGCCCUCUACUCAUUCACGCGACCCUACUCCGUCGGCGAAGCCACCUUGCGCGUGAAGCGCAACCUCAACCACUUCCGCGUCAACUACGCCAUGAUCAUCCUCUUCACCCUCUUCCUCAGCCUCCUAUGGCACCCCAUCUCCAUCAUCGUCUUCUUGGUCGCGCUCGUCGCCUGGUUCUUCCUCUACUUCUUCCGGAACGAACCGGUGGUGCUAUUUAAUCGCGCCGUCGACGACAGGGUGGCGGCGGCGGCGCUUGCGGCGGUGACCGUCGUGGCGUUGGUGCUCACCGGCGUGUGGCUGAACGUGUUGGUUUCGGUGCUCGUUGGGAUUGCGGUUGUUGUGUUGCACGCGACGUUUAGGAGCACUGAAGAUUUGUAUAUGGAUGAACAUGAGGCCUAUGAUGGAGGGUUGCUUUCGGUUGUUGGGGGUACCCCUACAAAGCGAACAGGGAAAAAUGUUCAUGCAUUCUUGACAGGACUAGUUGUGAAACAAAUGCUACUAUAGUGGCUUAUAUACAUACAACUUUUCUUUUCUUUGCAAGGACCGGGUUUUGAUAUGUUAAUUCUUGGAUCAAUUGAAGGG